UCAGUCACCAUCGAUCGUCCAGUACAGGAACGUCAACCUACUCCGCCACCUUCACCUAUGCCUCGGUCAACGUCGUCUCAAGUUUAUUUGCAUCGCAGGAAAACGCCCAUUCCACAAUUCCUCCACUCUGCGGAACUGGCUCACAACUACGAAAAGUUUGGAGCAGUUCAAUGUAACAAUCACAGUCUCUCAAGUAGUCGUGUCGAUCUGUCUACCCAAGAGCUCUGUGAGGCAGUCACUAGAGCCGAAAUGUGGACUCAGCGCUCAAUGAGGGGUCUACGAGAGCAUGCGCGGAGCGUUCUGGCUGCCACGGAGGCGGAGGAGAGAAGACUGAGGGCGAGGUUGGCCUCCCUUCAGAAUCAGAUGACAAUGGCAGUGGAAACGCAGCAAAGUGAAGAGUCUUCGGAGUCGGCUAGCAUAACUGACUGUCCUGCUGCGGAACGACCAAAGAGUGAUCUUAUGGCUCAGGAGCAGGUGAGUCGACAGUUGGCUCUACUUAGGGUACGUGCGUUGAAACCUUACGUGACAUUUUUCUGA